AAUUUAUCCUAGUCACACCGCCACUCCUCCGGAGGUCACGUCUGAGUCACGGGAAAAAAAGUAAAAAUUCAAAAAGAACGCCUUUUGGUUUCCCUAAGAAAUUCCAUUUACCUGACGGUACCAGAAAGUUUAUCUCCUGCAUCUCGUGGAGUCGUAAUAAAAUGGAUCGAGGUGGCCGUCGUGGCGGAGGUAGGUAUCGCAGCCCCAGAGGACGAUCAUCGCCUUCCGCCGGUCAUUCGCCCAAUCGUCACGGCUCUGUUGGAUCUCAUGGUUAUUCCAGGAAUGCUUCCUCAGGACGUGGAGUAUUACAAUAUAGAAGGAAAAAUCCAGAAACAACGCCAGUUGGUGUUUCAUGUCCCUCAAACAUUAUAUCUAGUGCUGAAAACCUUAAAUUAGAGUGUAACACAACAAAAUUGGAGUAUGUUAGCCCAAAAUAUCAGGAGUCAGCGUCUACACCUCCCUCAAACAUUAUAUCUAGUGCUGAAAACCUUAAAUUGGAGUGUAACACAACAAAAUUGGAGUAUGUAAGCCCAAAAUAUCAGGAGUCAGUGUCUACACCUCCCAACAUGAAUGAGAGGAAAACUCAUCAAGAACAGUUGAGGGGUGCAGGGAAAGAAAGCUUCAGUUUACCACACCUUGGUGGUACUUCUCCUGUUGAUGCAUCUUACACGAAGAAAGGACCAUCUCAGAGUAGUGUAUCUGAUUCUAAAGAGAGUCAUUUCGGACAGGAAACUCAAAGCAGGACAAGUGCUACUGAAAACACUGUUGGUGAUGGCAGGCCUAAUGAUUCUGAUAGCCUGCAGAAAGGAUAUUCCUUUGAUAUUUGUGUGGAGAAAAUUGGGAGUUUUGUCAAGCUGCAACCCCCUCUGCUUGUGAAGAAUAGAGAAAAGAAGAAUGAAAUGAAGCGCCGUACAGAAGGAGAAAACAUCAAGGUUUUAAGGCCUGGUGUGGUUCUAUUGAAGUGUUACCUACCCUUAAUGGAUCAGGUCAAAUUGGUAAAGAUGUGUAGAGAUCUUGGUCUGGGUUCUGGGGGUUUCUACCAACCUGGUUAUCGGGAUGGAGCACAGCUGCGUUUGAAGAUGAUGUGCCUUGGUAAAAAUUGGGACCCUGAGACAAGUGUGUACAGUGACGAAAGGCCUACUGAUGGAGCUAAACCUCCUCCUAUUCCUGCUGAGUUCCUGCAGUUGGUUAAAGGAGCAAUUCAAGACUCUCAUGCUUAUUUAGAAUCAACCACUAAAGUAAGAAAAGUUGAAGAUAUUUUUCCCUCUAUGUCACCAAACAUCUGCAUUGUCAAUUUCUACACACAGCGUGGCAGUCUAGGUCUUCAUCAGGUUUGUAGAUUUACUUAAUCUUUGACUCUGUUAAAUUGGUUAAUAGAUUUGUAUUUACAGAACUUUUUCUUUGCUUAUUUAGUGGCCUAGUUUUGUUCUUUGUGACAAAUUUAUUAACAGCUGGAAAUACUUAUAAACCUAUGUGCAAGUCUUCGUAUCAUACUAGACUUUUCACAGGAUUGUUGCAACAUAAUUGCCCUAAGAAAUUGAUGGAAGAAAGCAACUUAAGGGAAUAUUGUAGAUUAUGUAAUAUUAUUCAGAUUGCAUUUCUUUGGUCUUGAUAGCCCAUUUC